UGGGAGGUGUACCCGGAGCUCCAGAGCCGGCAGGACGGGGAGGAGGGAAGCCGGAGAGGCUGAGGGCCCGCUGUAAGGAGGGAGGGCUGAAGUGCCGGAGGGGCAGCCUGGGCUAGGUCCGGGCCUGCCGUGGUAAGACGUCAGGGUGUUACUACCCCAUUUGCCGAUGGGGAAACUGAGGCAGAUUGGUGAAGUGACCUGCCCAGGGUCCUCCAGCUCGGAAGCGCGUGAGGCUGGCUCUGUCUGCUUCGCCUUCGGCUCACUCCCCGCCUUUCACCCGAGGCCUUUCCCCAUGGAGACUCGGUCACUUAUUGUGUAUAGUCGUCCAGUGAGGUGGCCCCCAAAGCGCUUCCGUGCUUCCUACGUAUUACUUAUUGUGACGUCACGUGUCCUUGUUUGUAUCUGCCCUGUCCUCUGCCUCCGGCAGCGCUUCCUUCACGGAGGCGCCUUCCCCUCCCCCACCACGGGCUGGCUUCUGUAAAGUGGGGGCGCGGAACACCGCCCCCCCACCCCGGGUACGGGGUCAGCCGUAGACGAGCCAACCUGCAGUUCUUGUCGGUGGUGCCCUGGAAGGCUCACCCCGGUGGCCGGGCCUCAGGAAGCGUCCUCUGCCAGACCUCCCGACCUGUCCCCAGAGCUCUGUCUUGUUCUGCGGGGCGCUUCACCAGCUGGCGCGGCCCGAGCAGCGACGCAUGUGGGAUGCGAAGCCUGAACUGCACUGCGGGAGACCUCGGCGGCUAGCGUUUGUGAAGCACCUACUGUCUGCCGGGCACAUACUAUUGGUGGCCACCUCGGGGAAACAACAGCUCCCUGCGCUGCAGGACCCUGCACGGUGCAGUAGGCGAGUCAGCGUGCAAACCGCUGUGUGUGGACUUGACGCUGGAGGGGUAGCCGCGGCUGGACCCUUCCCGCAGGGAGGUGGUCUCCCCGGGUGAGGACAGCGUCCCCUGGGGUUCAGAGGCUGCCCUCUGGAUCAUCUUUCCUUUCCCCUCUUUGUAGCCUCUCCCGGCCCUCCCGGAAGGGUGGUACCUCCUCGCAGGGCACAUCUGUCCCUGAUUUACCUGGCCUGUGUCUGCCCCUCCCAGCAGAGAUGAGAUACUGUCACUUCUGAUGCAGAGGCCUGAGGUCAUGAGUUUGACCCUGAGGGCUAAAAGCAUCCAGCAGCUGGCUUUUGAUCUCCAUUCUACCCAGGUUCAAUUCAAUAAACAUUUAUUAAGCACCUACUGUAUGCCAGACACUAUGCUAAGCACUGAGAGAUACAAAGAAUAUCCUGUGAGCUCCCUCUUUCCUGGGGAUGCCCAGCCUCGAGAGGACCAGCGCCCCCCGCAUGGUGCUUUGCUUCGCCAGUUCUGCCUUCUGACUGACGGAGAGGAGGCCAUGGCUCCUGGGGCCUCCCAGGAGUCAGUGACAUUCAGAGAUGUGACUGUGGACUUCAGCCCUGAGGAGUGGAGGCAGCUAGGCCCUUCUCAGAAGGAGCUGUACAAGGAAGUGAUGCUGGAGAACUACAGGAACCUUGUCUGCCUGGGACUUGCAGCUUCCAAACCACGUGUGAUCUGCCAACUGGAACAGGGGGAAGCACCAUGGAUGCCAGGGAGCGACGUCGCCCAGAGAAGCAGCUGUCCAGAUUGGAGAACUAAACAUGAAAACAAGGAGUCCUCCCCAAAACUGGGCAUUUCAUUGGCAGAAUCAUCCCAGGAAAGACCCUCAAGAGACGGUCCCUUUGUUGCCACAUUGGGAGUAGUCCAGGAAUGGCAUGCCCAGUUAGAGAGGCAUCCAGGCAAUGAGAAGAAAUGUGCUCAGCAAGCAAGAAUUACACAAAGGAAACCUUCCAGUAAGCCAAGAGACAAUGAAUAUAGUAAAUAUGUUGGAGUCAGCAAUGUGAUCUUUGUUCCAUCAGAAAGAGGAGGAAAGACUCUUGACAAGCAUGUUACACACAGAAAGUGCUUCAGAAUGUAUUCAGACCUAAAGAUAAGUAAUGGAACUUGCUCCAAAAAGAUAGUUUCUAAGUACAGUGAAUAUGGACAAUUCUUUAGGUAUAAUUCAGCCUUACUUAAAGAUCAUACAGUAUGUGCUAGAGAGAAACAUACAUGUAAUGAUUGUGGGAAAACUUUCAGGUUCAGAUCAAUACUUAUUCAACAUCAAAGAAUUCAUAUUGGAGAGAAACCUUUUGAGUGCCCUCUGUGUGGGAAGGGCUUCAGUCAGAGAUCAGGACUUACCCAGCAUCACACAACUCAUACUGGAGAAAAACCUUAUAAAUGUAAUGUAUGUGGAGAGAUGUUCCGACUGAGAACACAACUUACUCAACAUCAGAUGAUUCAUAAUGGAGAAAAUCCUUAUGAAUGUAAUGUAUGUGGGAAGGGCUUCAGUCAGAGAUCAGGACUUACUCAACAUCAGAUAAUUCAUACUGGAAAAAGAUAUUAUAAAUGUGGUACAUGUAAAAAGGCCUUCCACUGUAGGAAGGAACUUAUCGUACAUCGGACAAUUCAUAGUGGAGAGAAACAUUAUAAAUGUAAUGAAUGUGGGAAGGCCUUCCGCUGGAGGAGAGGACUUACUCUACAUCAGAGAACCCAUGGUAGUGAGAGACCUUAUGAAUGUAAUGACUGUGGGAAGGCCUUCCGCUGGAGGAGAGGACUUACUGUUCAUGAGAGAAUUCAUGCUGGUGAAAAACCUUAUGAAUGUAAUGAGUGUGGAAAAGCCUUCAGUCAAAGAUCAAGACUUACUCAACAUCUGACAAUUCAUACAGGAGAGAAACCUUAUGAAUGUAAGGAAUGUGGAAAGGCCUUUAGACAGAAGACUGCUCUUACUGAACAUCAAACAAUUCAUACUGGUGAGAAACCAUUUAAAUGUCAUGAAUGUGGAAAAGCUUUCCGCCAGAAGACUGGACUGAAUCAACAUCAGACAACUCAUAGUUCUGAAAAACCUUAUGAAUGUGAUGAGUGUGGGAAGGCCUUCCGCCAGAGAACACAGCUUGCUCAACAUCAGAGAAUUCAUACUGGUGAGAAACCUUUUGAAUGUAAUGAAUGUGCCAAGGCCUUUGGUCACAACCGAGAACUUAAAAGGCAUCAGAGAAUCCAUACUGGAGAGAGACCUUAUGAAUGUAAUGAAUGUGGGAAUGCCUUCCGCUUGAGCACACACCUUACUCGACAUAAAAGAAUCCAUACUGGAGAGAGACCUUAUGAGUGCAAUGAAUGUGGGAAUGCCUUCCGCUUGAGCUCACAGCUUACUCAACAUCAAACAGUUCAUUCUGGGGAGAAACCGUUUGACUGUAGUGUUUGUGGGAAGGCCUUCCGCCUGAGAACACAGCUAACUCAACAUCUGACAAUCCACAGCGGUGAGAAGCCUUACGAGUGCAGUGAAUGUGAGAAGGCCUUCAGCCAGAGGUCACAGCUUACUCAACAUGAGAGAAUUCAUACAGGACAGAAACCUUUCGAAUGUAGUGAAUGUGGGAAGGCGUUCCGCCUGAGAACUCAGCUUAAUCAACAUCAGAGAAUCCAUACGGGAGAGAAGCCUUAUGAAUGCAGUGAAUGUGGGAAGGCCUUCAGUCACAAAACAGAACUUAAUCGACAUAACAGAAUCCAUACAGGAGACAAACCUUAUGAAUGUAAUGAAUGUGGGAUGGCAUUCCGCUUAAGCACACACCGUAUUAGACACCGGAGAAUUCAUACUGGAGAGAAACCUUAUGAAUGUAAUGAAUGUGGGAUGGCAUUCCGCCUGAGAGCACAGCUUACUCAACAUAAUUAUCAACAUAAUAAAAUUCAUACUACAGAGAAUCGUUAUUCAUGUAAUGAGUGUGAGAAGACUUUCCGAUACAGAAUAAGUCUUACCAGACAUCAGAGAAUUCAUACUGGAGAAAAGCCUUAUGAAUGCAAUGACUGUGGGAAGGCCUUUAGCCAAAGCUCACAACUUAAUUUACAUCAGAGAAUUCAUACUGGAGAGAAACCUUAUGAAUGCAAUGACUGUGGGAAGGCCUUUAGCCAAAGGUCACAACUUAAUCUCCAUCAGAGAAUUCAUACUGGUGAAAAACCUUAUGUUUGCAAUGACUGUGGGAAGGCCUUUAGCCAGAGGUCACAACUUAAUCUACAUCUCAGAAUUCAUACUGGAGAGAAACCUUAUGAAUGUAAUGACUGUGGGAAGGCUUUUAGCCAGAGGUCACAACUUAAUCUGCAUAAGAGAAUUCAUACUGGGGAGAAACCUUAUAAAUGCAGUGAGUGUGGAAAGGCCUUCUGUCAUAGGUCAGGACUUACUCAACAUCAGACGAUUCAUACCGGAGAGAAACCGUAUAAAUGUAAUGACUGUGGAAAGGCCUUUCGACAGAGGAUAGGACUCACCCUACAUCAGAGAAUUCACACUGGUGAGAAACCUUAUGAAUGCAGUGAAUGUGGAAAGGCUUUCAGUCAGAGGAUAGGACUCACUCUACAUCAGAGAAUUCACACUGGUGAGAAACCUUAUGAAUGCAGUGAGUGUGGAAAGGUCUUCAGCCAGAGAUCACAGCUCACUCAACAUCAGAAAAUUCAUGUUGGAAAGAAACUUUAUGAAUGUCAUGACUGAGGGAAGACUUUCCCUCUGAGCAAACACCUUACUAAACAUCGGUUCAUAAAGAGUGGACACAGACAAAAGGACAGUUUUGUUAUUACCAUGUUUAUACUCCUUAAAAAAGAGAGACCAGACUAUCACAAAUUCCAUUUCAAACUCUAUUCUUUGCAUAUAUGAGUUCAUGUUUCUUGUUUAAGUUCAUAAUAAAAAUAACUUUUUUUCUAAAUAAUUGGCUCUUUAAUGGAGAGAGAAACUUUAUGUGUAUAAGGAAUGGAGAAAGCCCAUCAGCCAGACCACAAAACUUCCUGAACAUCAGAUAAUUCACAUUGGACAGGAGUCUCAUGAAUAUAAUAAACAUGGGAAGGGUUUCAGCCUGAGCUAAGUCCUUUAUGAAAAAUUCCAGACAAAAAGAAGUGUUAUAGAUGAAGCAAAUCUACCCUUGCCUGCUUUCUCUCAGCAGCUGUUGCAGAUCUUUUACUUCUUUUGUUAAGACAGCCCCA